UCGGCGCGCGGCGCGUGGUCGGUGUUCCGGGAGGAGUCGCGCCGUCUGUGGGCGAUCGGCGCUCCCAUUGCCCUCAACAUCAUCUGCCUGUACGGCACCAACUCGUCGACGCAGAUCUUCGCGGGUCACAUCGGCAACCGCGAGCUCUCGGCGGUGGCCAUCGGCCUCUCCGUGGUGUCCAACUUCUCCUUCGGCUUCCUCCUCGGCAUGGGCAGCGCGCUCGAGACGCUCUGCGGGCAGGCCUACGGCGCCGGGCAGGUGGCCAUGCUGGGCGUGUACAUGCAGCGCUCCUGGAUCGUCCUCUCGGCGUCGGCGCUCCUGCUGACGCCGCUGUACGUGUUCGCGGCGCCUGUGCUGCGGCUGCUGGGGCAGGACGAACAGGUGGCCGCCGCCGCCGGGAGCUUCACCCGCGGCAUCAUCCCGCAGAUGUUCGCGCUGGCCAUCAACUUCCCGACGCAGAAGUUUUUGCAGGCGCAGAGCAAGGUGGGGGUGCUGGCGUGGGUGGGGUUCGCGGCGCUGGCGGCGCACGUGGGCCUGCUGGCGCUGUUCGUGUCCGUGCUCGGGUGGGGCGUGGCCGGCGCCGCGGCGGCGUACGACGUGUCGUCGUGGCUGGCGUCGCUGGCGCAGGUGGCUUACGUGGUGGGGUGGUGCCGGGACGACGGGUGGACGGGGCUGUCCCGAGCGGCGUUCAGGGAGCUGUGGGCGUUCGUGAAGCUGUCGCUGGCAUCCGCCGUGAUGCUGUGCCUGGAGAUCUGGUACAUGAUGGUGCUGGUGGUGCUGACGGGGCACCUGGACGACGCGGAGAUCGCCGUGGACUCCAUCUCCAUCUGCAUGAACAUCAACGGGUGGGAGGGGAUGCUCUUCAUCGGCCUCAGCGCCGCCAUCAGCGUGCGCGUGUCCAACGAGCUGGGCUCCGGCCGCCCCCGCGCCACCAAGCACGCGGUGGCGGUGGUGCUGGCGCAGUCGCUCGCGUUCGGGCUCGCCGCCAUGGCGCUCAUCCUGGCGACGCGGGAGCGGUUCCCGGUGAUCUUCACCGGCGAUAGGCACCUGCAGAAGGCCGUGUCCAACAUCGCCUACCUGCUGGCCGUCACCAUGGUGCUCAACAGCAUCCAGCCCGUGAUCUCGGGCGUCGCCGUCGGCGGAGGGUGGCAGGCCGUCGUCGCCUACAUCAACCUGGGGUGCUACUACGCCUUCGGGCUCCCGCUGGGGUUCAUCUUCGGCUACCUCUUCAGGUUCGGAGUGCAGGGCAUCUGGGCGGGCAUGCUCUGCGGCACCGCGCUGCAGACGGCCAUCCUCACAUACAUGGUCUGGAGAACCGACUGGAAAGCAGAGGCGUCGCUGGCGUUGGAGAGAGUCAGAAUAUGGGGUGGGCAGCACCAAAAGCUUCCCACCACGGAUCAGGACGUGGUUAUCUAGCUAAGUAUAGAUGAAUGGAUGGAGAUCGUCGAUCAGUCUAACUUAGCUUGUCCUAGGCUGAAAUAGUUCGCCGCCCCGUCCAGGCGUCCAGCCAGAACAUGAUGAAGAAGAAGAGGAAGAAGGGAAGGAAGAAGACUGCAGUCAGUGUACGCCAAUUGUGUUAGCAACGGCGUCUUAGACAGAAAUGUUAAUUUAGCCUAGUCACACAGUGGGUAUGAUGUUCCAUCAGCAAAUCUAUGAGCUUCAUAUCUAUAGCAUGCAACAAUUUGAGCUAGCCACGCAAGAGGUCGAGUCGUCCAGUU